AUGAUUUAAUAAUUGCAUCACCGAAUCGGAAAGGAAACCAACGUUGAUUUUGCAGAAAAACGAAUACGAAAUUUAUUUAAUAUUGACAUUCUCCAGAAUGUUCAAGUCAGGAGAUCCUAAUUUAUUCAAUAAAUUCAUCCAAAUCCUAAAUCUCUCAUCUAAGAAGGCUAUGUAGUUCAUUCUCUGCCUCUCAGGAACUGCGAUAUUAUGAAAAUCUACAAUUACCCAAAUCCACUGUCUACUCCCAAUGAUCAAGCUCCCUAACUUACUCAAGUCAAAAUCCAAAGAAUUAAGACCACUGCGAAAAAGGACAGACAACUCAAAAUAUCUACUGAUAUCUAUUCCAAUACAGUGGCCAAAAUGCCAGCCUUCUACACAAAGCAUUAAUUCAACAGUAAAACUUAAAAAUCUAUGCUAUCAACCGAAAGCAUUGCAAUUAGGAUAAGAUCACUUAGUAGAGUCAAAGAAAACCUUCAAGAUUCCUAAAUUUCCCAACAAAGAUCAACAACUCCUAAUGGCAAAAAGAGGCUAAGCCAAUAUAAGUUAAUCUUGCAAAAACAAAUCAAUAGUCUUUUGCAAGAUUCAUUCUUAAAUUGA